UUGUUCGGAUAUCUUCGAUUGGAAUUAAAAAAAAAACGUAUUUUCAGUGAUCUCGAAUUUGAAUUUUAAAAUGUUUAAUUUGAGAGAAACCUGUUUUAAGGAGUUGCAACAUGAUCAAACAGAUUAAUAUUUAAGAGCCAUCUGUGUUGUAUUUUCCCCUGGCAAAUAACUAUUAAUCAUGGGCUGUGUUAACUCGUCAAAUUCAUCCGAUCAGUUGGGGAUCAUUCACAACAAUGAUUUUGACGACAAUCUACAAACCAAUCCCUCUAUUCUCUCAUCUCUCAUCAGUUGUUUUGAAGCCCAAAAUCAUGAUGAGGAUGCAACACCAACAGAACAUGCUAUACCAAUUGAACCAGUUUCUCAACCAGAAACACAACUGCAAAUGUUAGCAAUCGCCCCACUGGAAAGAGGUUCGCAUCAACAAAGGCGUUAUGCACAGUUUAUACACCCAGCAGUUUUAGAGCGGGGACUGGUAGAAAGCAUUGAUGUUGCAUAUCCUACUUCGGGAAAAGGCUUUGUGCUCAUCAUAAACUACUCGCAUAGCAGACAAGGUUCGGAAAAGGAUGUCACAAAGUUGGUUGGGUUUUUUCAGCAUGAACUCCAACAUAGUGUAUUACUCGGAAAUAAUAAUAUGACUAGAGAAGAACUGAGAGCGUUUUUCGAAGAUGUUAAGAAAAGUAUCGACGCAAGAUUUUACUGUUUCAUCUGCAUAGUUAUGGCGCAUGGAAAUGAAAAAGGCAUCAUUACAUCUGAUGGAAAAGUUCAAUCAUACAACGAAAUUAUUGAAACAUUUGACAACCGCAAUAUGUCAGCAUUUGCAGGUCGACCUAAGCUUUUUUUAAUCAAUGCAUGCCGAGGAGAUAGGCGACCAUGGACAAUGCCUUUUGACUUCGAAAGUAUAACGAUGGAUGCGACACCUGUUCAUCCUAUUGAAUUGGUUGCAGAAACAUCCGACAUUUAUGCCGUUUAUUCGACAGUCAGAGGAUUUGUGUCAACUAGAGACACGCAGGAGGGGUCAAUUUUUAUACAGACGUGCGUUGAUGUUUUUCAAAAAUACUACAAAACGAGAAACGUAUGCGAUAUGACAACAUCAAUACGACGAAAAGUUCAACACAAUCAUAUGUGUCAGGUUUCCGAAGCUAAAACAACAUUAACAAAACAAUUCUAUCUUAUGAAAUCACAGUGAUCGUGUGCAGAUUCAUAUGGUGAACAUACAUGUCUGACUAUUAUUUAAAUAUCCAAGUAGUUCAAUCGGCAUUCUACUUUGCAUGCAACAGUAUCAAUGGCAACUGAUAUAUCUAUUCUCGUACCUAAGGCCAAAAUCAAAAUACUUGUUUUCUUUUCAUGACUGACGGAAAAAAAAAUACUUUUCAAUCAUUUUACUUUCGAAAGAAACUUUUUUGCGAAAUAAUUUCCAUAAGUAAAAAAUGUGGAAAUAUUUAACAUUGUAGCGGGACACCUAAUAACGACAUUCCUUUGUCAAAACUUAAAGAAAAACUGCUUGCAUUAAAAAAACUCUAAUUUUG